GCUGGAGAGGGAGCCCAAAGCUACGCUCGCCGACCAUGAGGCUUUAGGACCAGUGUUCGCUCCGAAGCCCAGGCAAUCCUGCAGUCCCCAGUCGUGCGGUGCAGGAGUAGGAGCCAGUCCUGCGCUGCGCUUCCAGCUGCGUCUGCCAGAGCGCGGCACGUGCCCCAGGCGCUGGCGCGAGAGAGCUAGCGCCACCACCGCCGGCCCGCAGCCGUUCUGCUGGCUGCCACUACCGCUUCCAUCGCAGCCACUAGCGCUCCAGCAGCAGCCAAGGCCUCUCUGACAGCACUGGGAGCUCUCAACCAGCAGCUGGCCGGGGGAGCAAGACUCAGGGCGCGCACCUGGUUUUUGAAUAUCAUGUUAAUAUGGAUACAUCUAAGUAAAUGCUACUUGGGCACCUGGUCAUCCUUUAGAGAAUACGUCUAAAUUGUUGGCUAAUUUUUUGAUGUGCCACUCAACACAGGACAUCAUUUGAUAGUACCUACUGGAAAUCUGCAUUUCCCCCACCAUGAUGUCUUUAUCAGCUUGAACUCCUUUCCUAAAAUGGUCCUUCUGUUGAUCCUGUCAGUCCUACUUUUGAAAGAAGAUGUCCGUGGGAGUGCACAGUCUAAUGAGAGGAGAGUGGUGGCUCAUAUGCCCGGUGACAUCAUUAUUGGAGCUCUCUUCUCUGUCCACCACCAGCCAACGGUGGACAAAGUUCAUGAGAGGAAGUGUGGGGCGGUCCGUGAGCAGUAUGGCAUUCAGAGAGUGGAGGCCAUGCUGCACACCUUGGAAAGGAUCAAUUCAGACCCCACACUCUUGCCCAACAUCACACUUGGCUGUGAGAUAAGGGAUUCCUGCUGGCAUUCGGCUGUGGCCCUAGAACAAAGCAUUGAAUUUAUAAGAGAUUCCCUCAUUUCUUCAGAAGAGGAAGAGGGCUUGGUUCGCUGUGUGGAUGGAUCUUCUUCUUCCUUUCGCUCCAAGAAGCCCAUAGUAGGAGUCAUUGGGCCAGGCUCCAGUUCUGUGGCCAUUCAAGUCCAGAACUUGCUUCAGCUUUUCAACAUACCUCAGAUUGCUUACUCUGCAACCAGCAUGGAUCUGAGUGACAAGACUCUGUUCAAGUACUUCAUGAGGGUUGUGCCUUCAGAUGCCCAGCAGGCACGAGCCAUGGUGGACAUAGUGAAGAGAUACAACUGGACCUAUGUUUCAGCUGUGCACACAGAAGGCAACUAUGGAGAAAGUGGGAUGGAGGCUUUCAAAGAUAUGUCAGCCAAGGAAGGGAUUUGCAUCGCUCACUCUUACAAAAUCUACAGCAAUGCUGGCGAGCAGAGCUUCGACAAACUGCUGAAAAAGCUUCGAAGUCACUUGCCCAAAGCCCGAGUGGUGGCCUGCUUCUGUGAAGGCAUGACAGUGCGAGGUCUGUUGAUGGCCAUGAGACGCCUGGGGCUAGCUGGGGAGUUUCUGCUGCUGGGCAGUGAUGGCUGGGCUGACAGGUACGAUGUGACAGAUGGGUAUCAGAGAGAAGCUGUUGGUGGAAUCACAAUCAAGCUCCAAUCUCCUGAUGUCAAGUGGUUUGAUGAUUAUUAUCUGAAACUCCGGCCAGAAACAAACCUCCGAAAUCCUUGGUUUCAAGAAUUUUGGCAGCAUCGUUUUCAGUGCCGGCUAGAAGGGUUUGCUCAGGAGAACAGCAAGUACAACAAGACUUGCAAUAGUUCUCUGACUCUGAGAACACAUCAUGUUCAAGAUUCCAAAAUGGGAUUUGUCAUCAAUGCAAUCUACUCCAUGGCCUAUGGGCUCCACAACAUGCAGAUGUCCCUUUGUCCAGGCUAUGCAGGACUCUGUGAUGCAAUGAAACCAAUUGACGGACGGAAACUUUUGGACUCCCUUAUGAAAACCAAUUUUACUGGAGUUUCUGGAGAUAUGAUCCUGUUCGAUGAAAAUGGAGACUCUCCAGGAAGGUAUGAAAUAAUGAAUUUCAAGGAAAUGGGAAAAGAUUAUUUUGAUUACAUCAAUGUUGGAAGUUGGGACAAUGGGGAAUUAAAAAUGGAUGAUGAUGAAGUGUGGUCCAAGAAAAAUCACAUCAUCAGAUCUGUGUGCAGUGAGCCCUGUGAGAAAGGCCAGAUAAAGGUGAUCCGAAAGGGGGAAGUCAGCUGCUGUUGGACUUGCACACCCUGUAAAGAGAAUGAGUAUGUCUUUGAUGAGUACACCUGCAAGGCUUGCCAGCUGGGGUCCUGGCCCACUGACGACUUGACAGGUUGUGAUUUGAUUCCAGUACAGUACCUUCGCUGGGGUGACCCUGAGCCAAUUGCAGCUGUGGUGUUCGCCUGCCUCGGACUGCUAGCCACCCUGUUUGUCACUGUCAUCUUCAUCAUUUAUCGUGACACUCCAGUGGUCAAGUCCUCCAGCAGGGAACUCUGCUACAUUAUUCUUGCUGGCAUCUGCCUGGGCUACUUAUGUACCUUCUGCCUCAUUGCGAAGCCCAAGCAGAUUUACUGUUAUCUCCAGAGAAUUGGCAUUGGUCUCUCACCAGCCAUGAGCUACUCAGCCCUUGUAACCAAGACCAACCGUAUUGCAAGGAUCCUAGCUGGCAGCAAGAAGAAGAUCUGUACCAAAAAGCCCAGAUUUAUGAGUGCCUGUGCCCAGUUAGUGAUUGCCUUCAUCCUCAUCUGCAUCCAGUUGGGCAUUAUUGUUGCCCUGUUUAUCAUGGAGCCUCCAGAUAUAAUGCAUGACUACCCAAGCAUUCGAGAAGUCUACUUGAUUUGUAACACCACCAACCUAGGAGUCGUCACUCCUCUUGGGUACAAUGGAUUACUGAUUUUGAGUUGCACCUUCUAUGCGUUCAAGACCAGAAAUGUUCCAGCCAACUUUAAUGAGGCCAAGUAUAUCGCCUUCACCAUGUAUACCACCUGCAUCAUAUGGUUGGCUUUUGUGCCAAUCUACUUCGGCAGCAACUACAAAAUCAUCACCAUGUGUUUCUCAGUCAGCCUCAGUGCUACAGUGGCCCUGGGCUGCAUGUUUGUGCCAAAGGUGUACAUCAUCCUGGCCAAACCAGAGAGAAAUGUGCGCAGCGCUUUCACCACCUCUACAGUGGUGCGCAUGCAUGUAGGGGAUGGCAAAUCAUCCUCCGCGGCCAGCAGAUCCAGCAGCCUUGUCAACCUAUGGAAGAGGAGGGGCUCCUCUGGGGAAACCCUAAGGUACAAAGACAGGAGGCUGGCCCAGCACAAGUCGGAAAUAGAGUGUUUCACCCCCAAAGGGAGUAUGGGGAAUGGUGGGAGAGCAACAAUGAGCAGCUCCAACGGAAAAUCCGUCACGUGGGCCCAGAACGAGAAAAGCAGCCGGGGACAGCACCUGUGGCAGCGGUUGUCGGUCCAUAUCAACAAGAAAGAGAACCCCAACCAGACAGCGGUCAUCAAGCCCUUCCCCAAGAGCACCGAGAGCCGCGGGCCGGGAGCGGGCGGCGCGGGAUGCGCAGUGGCAGGUGGCCCGGAGCCCCCCGACGCGGGUCCCAAGGCGCUGUUCGAGGUGGCGGAGUCGGAGGAGCGCUUCCCCGCCGCCGCCGGGCCGCGCUCGCCGUCGCCCAUCAGCACGCUGAGCCAGCGCGCGGGCUCGGCCAGCCGCACCGACGACGACGUGCCGUCGCUGCACUCGGAGCCCGCGGCGCGCAGCAGCUCGUCCCAGGGCUCUCUAAUGGAGCAGAUCAGCAGCGUGGUGACACGCUUCACCGCCAACAUCAGCGAGCUCAACUCCAUGAUGCUGUCCACCGCGGCGGCGCCGGGCCCCGGGGGCGGCGCCCCUCUCUGCUCCUCCUACCUGAUCCCCAAAGAGAUCCAGCUGCCCACCACCAUGACUACGUUCGCCGAGAUCCAGCCCCUGCCGGCCAUCGAGGUGACGGGUGGCGCGCAGCCCGCGGCCGGGGCUCCAUCCCCGGGAACCGCUGCCCAGGAGCCGCCAGCGGCCGGAGCUGAGGCUGCGCCCGGCAAGCCGGACCUGGAGGAGCUGGUGGCUCUCACGCCGCCGUCGCCCUUCAGGGACUCGGUGGACUCCGGGAGCACCACGCCCAACUCGCCGGUCUCCGAGUCAGCCCUCUGCAUCCCGUCAUCUCCCAAAUAUGACACUCUCAUCAUAAGAGAUUACACGCAGAGCUCGUCGUCAUUGUGAACCACUGGAAACCUCGCUGGGAUCUGCUCUGCGUGCGCAGCAGGAGGCCUCCGGCGUUCACGCAGGGGCGCGGCGACACCCAUAGUCACCCGGUUGGGACUUGAGGUGGACGAUGUCAAGUGCACCCACACUGGACACACAAGACCAAGAGUGCUAUUUCACAAUAACCGACGACGACGACGACUACAAAUCUUGUGGCAGAUUAUCUUCUAGUGGCCUUAGAAAACAUGGGCUUUUAAGAAGCGCUGCUUCUAUAUUCCGAAUGCUGACCAGAAGUGGGUUCCAGCAGUUACAACUCCAAGUGCUUUGCUCUAAGGCAGCAGUGAACAUGAAGAGGCAUCCGGGACGGCGAGCAGUGGAGUUAAUGAGCAACUGUAAACAUCUUUGUUUGUUUACUUCAUUUUCCCAGAAGAGUCUUUGAUUUGCCAAACAUGAAUGUACAUUUUCUAACAAACUCAAAAAUCUGGGACCAAAAAAAAAAAAAGUGAACCGUUCUCUUUUUUCCUUCCUGCCUCCCCUCAUUUAAAGACCUUGAAAAAGCUAGCAGUAACUCAGGCCCAGUACUUACUUAGGCUUGUUGUGAGUCUCCUGAAUUACACGCAAACGGGUAGUGAGUUCCGUGCUGAUGUACCUAGAGCGACUAGCCAAGACUUUCCAAUAACGUUGUGAGAUACUCUUCCAAAAAGCCUGCGUUUGGAUUCCACCUAGUUAUUUCAGAUUCACCUCCAUUAACCAAGAAAACCAAUGGAAGAUUUCUGGACUAUUUCACCAUGUUGCCAAUCAAUACUGGAGUAGCAAAAAAAUAUUUUCUGGAACACUGUUUUGUAAUUCCCUCACUGGGGUGCAUUGUGUAGCUGGAAAUUCUCUUUGUAAUAAUAAUUCUUGAGCUCUGGCCUGGCUCUCUCUUUCACGAUACACAGGCACUCCUUCUUAUGAAUGCUGUUCCGUUAGUGUUGCCAGCUGAAAUAUUAAGAUACGCAUUUGAGCUUCCUCAUCCCUUUCUUUUGUGAAUCUGAUUUACAAAGAGCUCCUCUGUUGUUGGGUUUUCCCCAAGUCCCACCCCUGGGAGAGUGGUCCAGAAGAUGUCACAGUUGGAGGGACUGCUGUUGAAAACAAAAACAUAAACCACAAUCACAGUACCCGGGAAAGUCAGCAUAGCAAAGAUUUUGCUAUGCCCAUGAGCAGUGAUUUUAACUUUUCUUGGCUGCUUAAAUGGGGCAGCUAUGAACUAUGACAAAUGCAGAUUUUUUUCAAAGCAAUACAGAAUACUAAAACAGAGGAACCUUAAUGAAUAUCAACCACAGUCUUUCUUAGCCAUUCCAAAAAAGGCAAAGCAAAUACUAAUACUUUACUUUUUAAGGUAAUUAUUAAACAUGGUUUUGUGCACUUCAUACUGUCACUUUUUAAAUACUGCAGAACAGAGUUUUAGAGUUAUAAAAUCCUAUGUGCUUUGAUAGGCUCAUACAGUAGAAACCAUAGCUCAAGACCUGAAUCUACUGUCAUCUUUCUAUUUGUCCCAUUGCAGCUAUCCUCAGGUACCAAAUGUUCUUGAUUUUUAAAUAAAGAUAGUAAUAAAAGGAGGAGGUGUCCAAUAAAUUUAAAGUUCAGUUGACCCAGCCUUAUACUAAAGAUAGCCUUAUGAGAAAGAUUUGCCGCAAGAAAGAAGAAUAUUUUUGACAGAGAAAAAUUCAAAUAGAACUUUAAAAUUUUUAUUUCAAUAUCUUUCUGGGUUUUUUUGGGGGGGGAUUGUUUAGUUUUAUUUUUUAGUUUUGCAUUUGCUUUAAAAAGAACUUGAAAACUAUAAGUCUAUCCAUUGACAUAAUUUGUUAUUCUCCAAUUUUUAAAGAUGUAAUAACUGUGACCUUUUUCUGACAUCUGUUCUUGUUUGAAAUUUUAAAGCUAAUCUUCCAAUAUAAAACAUUAAAAGAUAACAAUAAUUUGCUAAAAUAUUAGUACAAUUAAUCAAUCUUCUUAGGAUUUGAAAAAAACAUUAUCAAAGCACCCUGCUCCAAAAUACUAAUGAGAUUUUUGAAACAGAAAAGAAAUCUAACUAAUUUCCACCACUUCACUGAAAGUAAAAGCCUGCCUCUACCUGAAAACCAAAUGUAAAUAUUUUGAAAUGUUCAUAACCCUGGAUCUGCAUCAAAAAGACGGCAUUCACCUGAGGGUUGCUGUCUUGAUUUCUUAGGUGUUAACAUCUUUCUGAAUAUGCUCUGCUCUUUAACUUUUAAAUUUUGUUUAAUUGAAUUCUUACCUUGGUUUCUGCUUUAUUUUCAUGUGCACCAAGUUGCACUCCUUUGACAAACAGAACAUUUUAAAAAGUUUCUUCAAAACCAAAUUAUUUUCCUAUUAUUUGCAUGUCAUUUUUUAAGUA